UUUGUACCUCUUGCGGUCCCGUGGUCAACUUGUGAAUUUAGCAAUUUUUCGGGUAUUACACCAUGUAUGUCAUGCGGGGGAGGAUUCGCUCACGAAAUUUCACGCCUCCCGCUCUCGAUUUCGAAACCACCCCCACCCAACCCCUCCUCCUCUCGCCGGCGUCUGCCCGCGGCGAGAUGGCCCCGCCCUUCGUGUUCCCCUCGAGCCUGCGGGAUCUGGAGCGGGACGCCGACGGCGACGACGAGCCGUCUCUCCGGCCGCAGAACCCCGUCGCCGUCACAUCCCUCCGCGCCGCCGACCUCGAGGAGUUCGUCAAGGGUGCAUCAUUUGAUCUGUCUGACAAGGAACUCUUCUGCAUCGAGGAACAGGAGGUGUUCGAUGGCAUCUAUUCUGUUGUGCGUGAUUUCAAUUGCCUGCCCCCGGGCCUUAAGUUCAACAUUGUUGAGACCUUGCGCUCCAACCUUAGUGUCCUUCUACCCAACAUAGAUUCACUUUCUCGGGUUUCCCUGUCAUCCCCUUCUGAUGCUACCCCAAUCACUGAUCACAUUGCCUCGCACCGCAAUGCCCUCAAGAUCUACUCCUUCUUUCUGCUUUCCAUAGUUAUCACUGAGGAAUCUGCUGCUGACAGUUGCACAGGAGCUAAGGUGGCAGCGCAUGGUCGAAAGAAGAAUCCUGUAUAUGCUUGGAACUGGGAAGCACAGAGAGGCAGGAUCAUAAAUCUGAUUGCUAAUUCUCUUGAAGCUGACCUUUCAGUACUUUUUGGUCCAGGCGGCACUGAUGAACAAUAUCUCUCUUUUGUUUCAAAGUGUACCUUCGUUCUGUGUGAGAGUCAAAAUGUGUUAAAAGAUGAGGAAACAAGAAAUGGCCUGUGCCGGAUAAUCGGAGCAAUUGCUACAAAGCAUCAGAGGAUUUCUCAAAUCAGUGCAUCUGUCUUGCAUUUGAUCCAUAAAUUCGAUUUCACUGUCGCUCAUCUUUCAGAAGCAGUUGCUUCUGCAGAGAAAAGGUUUGGUGAUGGAAGCCUCUCAAUUUCCCUGAUCAGGGAAAUUGGUCGGACUGACCCAAAAGAUUAUUCCAGAGAUAGUGUUGGUGCUGAUAACAUUGGGAGAUUCCUCGUAGAACUUGCAGACCGCUUGCCAAAGCUUAUGUCAACCAAUAUUGGUGUGCUGGUACCUCACUUUGGUGGGGAUUCAUACAAGAUUAGAAAUGCUCUUGUUGGAGUCUUGGGAAAGCUGUCUGCGAAGGCUUUCAAGGAUGUAGAGGGUGAUAGCAGUGCUCCUUCCAUAAGGCUCCGAAGUAAGCAGGCAAUGCUAGAAAUUUUGAUUGAGCGCUGUAGGGAUGUGUCAGCAUACACAAGGAGUCGUGUGCUUCAGGUUUGGGCAGAGCUGUGUGAAGAAAAUUCCAUCUCAAUUGGCUUGUGGAACGAAGUGGCGUCAGUUGCGUCGGGAAGAUUAGAGGACAAAAGUGCGAUCGUGAGAAAAUCAGCACUACAACUUCUCAUAACUAUGCUGCAACACAACCCUUUUGGGCCUCAAUUAAGGACAGUAACCUUUGAGGCAACUCUAGAAAAGUACAAGGAGAAAUUGCAAGGGAUGGAGCCUCCAAGUCCAGACAAAGAUGAGCACGUGAACGACUCUUCACUUGGCGAAGUGAUAGUGGGGCAAGAUGAGAGUGUCAGUGAUAGCUGCUUAACUUCUAGCCAAGAGCAGAAGGAACAUGAUGCCACGAUUGUAGAUAUAACAAACUUGGAACAGAUCAGAGCUUUAGUUGCAUCACUUGAAGCUGGUCUGCGGUUUUCAAAGUGCAUAACUUCAUUAAUGCCAACUCUUGUCCAGCUGUUGGCGUCAUCUUCAGCCACUGAUGUUGAAAACACCAUUCUUCUACUAAUGAGAUGCAGACAGUUUCAGAUUGAAGGAUCAGAGGCAGCACUCAGGAAAAUGUUACCCCUGGUAUUUUCUCAGGAUAAGUCAAUAUAUGAAGCAGUGGAGAGUGCAUUUAUUACUAUAUACACAAGGAGAAGCCCAACAGAAACAGCGAAAAGUUUGUUAAACCUUGCCAUUGAUUGUAGCAUUGGUGACCUUGCUGCUCUGGAGAGCUUAGUUAGCUCACUAGUUUUGAAGGCAGAAAUUUCAUCCAGCACGAUAUCAGCACUGUGGGAUUAUUUUUGCUUUAACAUCAAUGGAGUGAGACCAGUGCAAAGCCGUGCAGCUUUAUCAAUUCUUUGUAUGGCUGCAAAGUCAUCUCCCAGCAUUUUGGGUACUCACUUGCAAGAUAUUAUUGACAUUGGGUUUGGACGCUGGGCUAAGGAGGAGCCUCUGCUUGCUAGAACUGCAUGUCUUGCCCUGCAGAGAUUAUCAGAAGAAGACAAGGGCAAACUGGUAAAUAGUACCAGUAGAGUAUUUGCGGCAUUGCAAGGUUUGAUAACAAGCUUCUCCCUUCCUGAGAAAAUAUGGUAUGGAGCUGCAGACAAAGCUAUAAACACCAUCUAUACCUUACACCCUGCACCUGAAAACUUUGCUACUGAGAUCGUGAAGAAGUCCCUCAAUUCUAUAUUCGGUGUUUUAGGAAUGGAUGAUGUGUCAAAUGGGGAUGAAACUCAGAAUGGUGCCUUGCUCUCAUCAGUACCAGCCUCAAAGCUGGGUAGAUUUCUUUUUGUUAUUAGUCAUAUAGCUCUGAAUCAUUUGGUUUACAUUGAGACUUCUGUUAGGAAAAUUCAGAAACAGAAACAGAAGGAUGACAAAUCACAGUCCACCACUGAGGAUAUCCAGGCGGAUGCCUCCAAAAGUUCGGAGGCACAAGGCAUAAAUGCUGAAUUGGGACUUGGUGCAACAAUAGAUAUUGCAAUAGAGUUCCUUGCUGAAAAGGCAGAAAAGGAGAUUGUUUGUUCUUCUGGAAAGAAUCUUAUAGGACAUUGUGGACCAUUUCUCUCAAAACUCUGCAGGAAUCUGGCUUUUCUGCAGAAGUACCCAGCGUUGCAAGCUUCUGCAAUGCUUGCUCUUUGCAGGCUAAUGAUUAUUGAUACAGAAUUCUGUGAAGCAAAUCUUCAAAUCCUAUUCACUGUUGCUGAAAGUGCACCUUCCGAAGUUGUCCGAUCCAAUUGCACUAUAGCCCUUGGUGAUUUAGCAGUUCGCUUUCCAAACCUCUUAGAACCUUGGACAGAGUAUAUAUAUGCCCGACUACGUGAUCCGUCAGCAUCUGUGAGGAAGAAUGCUGUGCUGGUCAUUUCUCAUCUUGUAUUGAAUGAUAUGAUGAAGGUUAAAGGCUUUAUAAACGAAAUGGCUGUAAGAAUAGAAGAUGAAGAUGAGAGGAUCUCAAGCCUAUCAAAACUCUUCUUUCAUGAGUUGUCAAAGAAAGGAAGCAAUCCAAUCUAUAAUCUUCUUCCAGAUAUCCUGGGCAGACUGUGCAAUCAACACCUCAAGGAAGAAACAUUUUGCAACAUUAUGCACUUCUUAAUUAGCUCUAUUAAAAAGGAUAAACAAAUGGAAGCUCUUGUGGAUAAGCUCUGCAAUAGAUUUGCUGGUGUAAACGAUGUUAGACAGUGGGAGUAUAUCUCUUAUUGCCUUUCUCAGCUAACCUUCACUGAAAAAGGUUUGAAGAAACUUAUCGAUAAUUUCAAGAUGUUUGAGCAUGCACUGUCUGAAGAUUCUGUGAUGAACCACUUCAGAAGUGUGAUAUCAAAGUGCAAGAAGUUUGCGAAACCUGAGCUCAAAGUUUGCAUCGAGGAAUUUGAGGACAAACUUCGCAAGGUUCAUCUGGAAAAGAAAGAACAAGAAGUGACGACAAAAAAUGCUGAGGCACACAAACAGAGAAUUGGCUCACUUGAUGAAUUCCUGGUUAUUAAGGAAGUUAGACAGAACAGUGGCAAUUCUGCUGAAGAGGAAACUAGUGAGGUAGCUGAUCCCUCAGAGGAUAGCAACACUGAAGAUAAGGAGAACAUGCCAGAGUGCAGUGACAAUAUUUGUACGGACAAUUGUAAGACAUCAACCACAUUUACAGAACCAGAAGAUGAUGGUGCAGAGGUUCACUCGGCACAAACUGUUCGCAAAGGUUUGUCACGAUCAAGGGUAAAGAAAAUUACAGAUCCUGUUUUAGAGGACUCAGCAGAUAGUGCUCCAGUUAGACGUGUGGCACGCUCAAGUAGAAGACAACGAAGGUGAUGCCGCAACAUUUCCUGAUUUAGCAAAAAGUUUCUGCGCAACAUAGACCAAGUGGCAGCUCCAUUUGUGUCUGCUGUGUAUUACCCUUUUCAGUGCGAUGAAUCUCGCCUUGAGAUCCUGGAAUUCCGGACGCACCGGUGCCGUUUGACGAUUGUCUCAACCUGGACUGCUGGAUCCAACGUUGUGGUGGUGUUUUAGGCUACUUUUAGCAUGAUGUUUAUUGAUCUAGUUUGACUUACAAAAUCUUGGCCAGCUUUGAUCUCUAAAGAAAUUUCCCGGGGAAGCCUGUUAACCUCGCCCCUUGUGAGGAACACUUGUAUUCCGUCGUUGCAGUAGUUCUGCUUCUAAUUGAUCGUCUACUACAUGCUCCUGAGGCCUGAGGGAGACUUGAUGUGUAUCCUGUCUGGUCUUUCUCCCCCAUGUUUCAAUAUUUUCAUUGCCAUCAUGCUCGUACCAAUCUAUAGUCGAUUGAUGUCGACAAACUUUCAGUAUAACCACAAAAAUUCUAUCUAUUGUUGACGCGUGAGUUUGUAACAGUGACUAAUCUUUCGUGAAUGUAGAAAACGACUGUGCAACUUCAUCAACUGACCACCGAUCCGAUGUGAAACCUGAUGCCAUUCACCACAAGGCCAUGACCCAAAACUGCUGGUAACAUCAACACGUAUGAGGCCGGCAGGAUAGAAAGAGAACCAAGCAAGGCAAGCGGUUAAUAUCUUGGGGCCCGGAUCAUCCACAGCCACGGCCAUUACCCCGAGAAAGCAGGAAGCAGCAGACCAACUCUUGGAUCGACUUGUCACAGUGACGGGAUCGUUGCGCCAGUGGAGCAAAUCCUUCUCGCUAUCCGCUGCGAAUCCUGGACCACUCACACCCACAAAAGCGGCUUCCUCCAAGAAUUUGAUCACACGAUUCAGCCAGCCGCGACGGUGACUCCGGCUGUUGUGCUCCUCCUCAUGUUCCCGGCUCGUUUCCAACCACUGCUUUGAGUGGCAGGCGAUUUUUCUGUGUUCAAGCAUGUCUGAUGCAGCGUCGAAUUUGUCAAACUGUCCAAGCGCAUGUGUAGGUCAUUGCAGAAACGCGAGCACUGAGCAUGCUUCGAUGAGACAACCUACAUGUUUCCCUGCUAAGAGCCAUUUUGAGUGUCAGAGAUCGUUGGUCGUAGAACACGACAUAUGUGUACGUGCGCUUUGGAAGUUUGCCGCAUAUUUGUGGCCAUGUAAUCCGAGUCUAACA